AUGGCACCUCAUAAUGCACCCAGUAAGGAAAAGAGGAGACAAACUCAAAAGAAAAAGGAUCCAUUAUUGAGAUGUAAUCUGGGUCACGCAGGAGGUAAGCCGCAAGGGUUUCCCACACCUCCCUCGGCGGGAUGCGGGAAAGCCAAAAACCUUCAGGAGGAGGAAACCGAGGAACCCAAGGGAAACCCCUCCCACUGUAACAAGCCCCACGCUGAGGGUGCCAACACCCAUGUGGGGUCAAACAGAGACCAAGCCUCCCCCCAGCUCAACUCCUCCCCAGCCCCGGGAUCAUCCAUGGCAGGACCCGGGGCCGAGCGGUCCUCCAAACCACCUGCCUCUGGAGAAAAGGCAGAGUCCACCGGAAAAGCAGGGAAGAAGGGGGCCUGCUGGCAUGACCCGAAAGCUUCGGCAGGAGGAACAGACUCGAAUGCCUCCACCACCAAUCCGGAAGGGGCUGUCCCCGAAGCCGCCAGAGUCUCAGCACCAAGAAAGCCCUGCCCUGACUCCGAAACCCUCAUAUGCUUGGGAGCCGGGAGCAGGUGGGGAAGUGGAAAGGAUGAACCACAGCAGGAAAAGGACAAUAGGGCAUGGACGAAACCAAAGUCCAGGCGAUUAACACCCCCAAGUCCGGGUCCCUAUAACCAAAUGGGGCAUCUGGAAAGGCAGCAUGGCAGAGGCAAAGAUGGUGAGUGUAACCCUGAGACAUGGGGGGACAGAGCAACCUUCAAACUCGCACGAAGCAAGAUGGGACUCAAAGGACAUAUCCAUUGA